GCUUUCGGUUACUUUUUAUAGUUUAGCCUUUCAUAUUUAUUUGUGUGUCAUUUUGAAAAUAAGUCGUCAUUUCCGGUCUGGCUCUGCUUCUCUGUCCGCCUUGACGCAGCUGUUGAAUCAACGGUGAAAACACGACCCAGUUGACAGCACUAGCAAGUAGCUGACUCUGAAAGUCCCAGACACUGGCGGCCCGCUGUUACGCUUCUCUGCGUGUUUAUAGUCUAGAACAACGAGCUUAUUGAUGCUGCAGAUCACCUCCGAGCGUGGACGAUGGCCGCCUGCGUGGGCUAUCUGUGGAAUUGAUUGUGUUACAAGGCUGAACUUUCCCGAUCCUGACCUGCAGCUGACAGCGCAGGGCUCAGAGCUGACAUUGAGGUGAUUCCUUCUGCACUGAAGUGGUCAAGCAGGACGGUAACGCCACGUACAACGACCGUAAAUAAAACCCCUCUAAAUGGUUAUUGUAUACCUACAGAGGCGUGGUGGCUCACCGGGGAAGCGAGGUUGACUACAAUGAGAAACUAACAAUGGUCGACUUGGUGGAAAGUUGGGAAAGACGGCGCAUUAAGUAAAAAAAAAAUGUAACAGAAAGUUGUGUUUUAGAUGACAGUUCGCUUCAACAGCACUGCGCUUUCUAGUUGCGUGGCUCUAACAUAAAAAUUAACAAUACCAAUAUGUGCGAAAUGGCUGUGGAGGAGGAACAGGACAGGGAGAUCACAGACGUGGAACAGCCAUCGUCUGUGGUGGAGAGCGAGGUCAUGCUGGUGAUCAACCACGGCCGGGUCCAUCCUCCGCUCAGCGUUGUGGUGGCCACCUUGCUGUACUUAGCCGAGUUUGUUACCGCCGCCGUGCUCAGCAGCUUGUACCGCAAGACCGACGAUGUCAUUUGGAUGGGCUUCACCAUCGCCUUCAUGCUGCUGCCUGCUGUGCUCAUCCAGUUGACUCUGACGUUCAUCCAUAGGGAUCUGGGCCGGGACCGACCAAUGGUUCUCCUUCUGCAUCUGCUGCUACUCGGUCCCGUCAUCCGGUGUUUUGAAGCUCUGGUGGUGUACUUUAAGGCAGGUAAAAAGGAAGAGCCUUAUGUAACCAUCUCCAGAAAGAUCAGUUUAAAGAAGGGGAAGCAGACGCCCAUGGAGCUGGAGGUCGGCCAGUCAGCGCGCACGCUGGCCACACACAGGAACGCCUUCAAGCGCACAGCCGUCAUCCAAGCUUUCCUGGGCUCUACACCUCAACUCACCCUCCAGCUGUAUGCCACCAUUCAGGAGAAAUACAUCAUGCCUGCAAGAUUGGCCCUGAUGAUCAUUACCCUGAUCUCCAUCACAUAUGGCGCUCUUGUCUGCAACGUUCUGGCUAUCCAGAUCAGAUACGAUGACUACAAAGUUCGACUCCGUCCUGCGGCUUACCUGUGCAUGAUUAUUUGGAGAGGUUUGGAGAUUGCCACCCGGGUCACCGCUCUGGUCCUGUUCAGCACGGCUCUCACUCACUGGGUGAUCCUGGUCGGCAUGGCCAACCUGCUGUUCUUCUUCUUCCUCCCCUGGGCUGAAUUCUGGGCCAAAAAAGGCUCACUUAUUGAAGGUGUGGAAAACAACUUCUCUAAACUCGGCACCACGAUCGUCCUGUGCAUGUUCACACUGCUCUACGCCUGCAUCAACGUCUUCUGCUGGUCGGCGGUGCAACUUGACCUCACCCAUAAAGAGCUGAUCGAGAGGAGGCAGGGCUGGGGCCGCCUGGCCAUGUACUACUCUGGACGCUUUGUUGAAAACUUCCUCCUCAUCACGCUCUGGUACUUUUUCAAGUCAGACUUCUAUGAGUAUGUGUGUGCGCCCCUGCUGGUUGUCCAGCUGCUGAUCUGCUACAGCCUGGCUGUGCUCUUCAUGCUGCUCUUCCACCAGUUCUGCCACCCUUGCAGGCGCCUCUUCAAAUACAACGUCCAUGACUGCCUACACUGCGUCUGUUGCCGUAAAGGCAGGACUGGACAGCGGGGGAGGCAGGCAAACAUGCCACCUUCAUACUCCACAGCUGCCACCAUGGUGCUGAUGCCAGAAGAGCCACUUGAGCUGCGGGACCCUCAAAACUCACAUCCUCCUGACCUCACCAGUCAGCUGGGAGAGCAGGAGACUGCUAUUCUCGAUGACAUGAUGGAGGCAGCUUGAGAACGAGGCCUUGAACAGUCAAACACAAGCUACAACUAUUUUGUGUUUUUUUUCAAGAGAGAGCAUGUUUUAGACUUUUGCCUUUUUUCUCUCAAGUGCACAAAACUGCUCUUUUAGGAUUUAGAGAGGGAUGGAAGUAGACUCCUGCUAAUAUGGAGGGUUAUUACAUACAAGGAGCACCACAAAGCCACAGCCUACCAAAGAAUGUAGCAUGUAGAGAUAUGCAGCGUUGCACAAAGGCCACUGUUGAGAGAGCAGCACUGAGCCAGGUGUAAGGGAAAUGUGCCAAGUGUGUCUGAACAUAUCCUGAAACACUAACCAUGAGAUACUCAGUUUACUUCCUCUCAGGGUUUCCAUGUUCUCCAUGAAAGCCCAUUCACACGUUUGCAUCUGCACUAAUCAGAAAGCAAACACGCAGCAGGAAGAAAGGAAAAGGUCAAAAGAUUUAUUUAUCUUCCUCGUACGAAACUACUAACAAUAAGGAUUUCUUGUUCACUGUCCAGUUGCCUUGAAUUGAGAAAAGCAGGUUUUAGUGAUGUGGAAAAAAACUAAAGGAAACAUGAAAACAUGAUCAAUGUUGCUGAGAAUUUACUGUUUUAUUAAAAAAAAAAAAAGAGUUCUUAAUAUCAGUGUUUUUUCUGUUGCAAAUAGGAUAUACAGAAUUAAUCUUAAUAUUUUUGCAUUAACAAGACUGACACUGAGCUUGUACUUUAUUAAAGUGCUUUGUUUAUUUUUUUUUAUGUUUUGUCCAGUUUGUUAUAUAGUGCCUUGACUAUUAUUGUACUACUUGAACCUUAAAUAAAAUUACACAACUCUG